AUGGACCUUUCAAACCAAUCUCUUGUUACGCAAUUUAUCAUUGUAGGCUUUCCUGAUCUUGGUGGAUCUGAGGCCUUGUUGUUUCUUCUUCUGAGUAUCAGCUUUAUUUUUACCUUGAGUGGCAAUAUUACAAUAAUUGCCCUUAUCUGCACUCACCGCCAGCUUCAUGUUCCUCUCUAUAUAUUUGUUGCUAUACUCUCCUUCUUGGAAAUCUGGUACACCACUGUCACUGUACCAAAAAUGUUGACAAAUUUGCAAAAUGUAAAGACAAUCUCCUAUGUUGGUUGCUUAUUGCAGAUCUACUUUUUUCAUAGCCUUGGUAUUACAGAAACCUAUAUUCUAACAGCAAUGGCUUUUGACCGCUACUUGGCCAUAUGCGACCCUUUACGGUAUCCAUCUGUAAUGACUACUGCGUGUUGUUUUCAAAUGGCAGCUUGCUGUUGGGUUAUUGGCUUCCUUGGACCUUUAACUCAAGUCAUUUUGUUGUCUCAUCUUUUCUUAUGUCGUUCGAACCGAGUUGAACAUAUCUUUUGUGACUUUGCUCCAUUGAUGAGCUUGGCCUGUUCGGACAUUGCACUUAAUGUCAAAGUAGACUUUGUAAUCAAUUUCUUUAUUAUUUUUGUCUCUUUUACUUGCAUUCUUAUGUCCUAUUUUAAAAUAAUUUCUACUGUUUUAAAAAUAAAGACAGCAGAGGGUAGGAAAAAGGCAUUUUCAACAUGUGGAGCUCAUCUAACAGUUGUCUUUCUUUUUUACGGAAGCGUGUGUUUUAUGUAUGUUAGGCCAGUCAAAAUUAAUUCUCCAAACUAUGACCGUGUAAUGGCUGUAAUUUACUCGGUUUUAACACCAAUGUGUAAUCCAGUUAUUUAUAGUCUAAGAAAUCAAGAAAUUAGAAAAGUUCUGAGACAGAAGUUAGCAAAGUUAUUUUAA